CAUUAUGUGUUAAAUAUGUGCAGUUAUUAUCAUAUGAAGAAGCGCAGUGUGUUGGGCUGUAAUAUAACCAUAUUUGCUGUCAUGUUCUCCCAAAUCAGUGCUGGGAACUCACCAUGUGGAAACCAAGCAACCGUGUUGUGCAUCAGCCGGCUUGAGUUUGUUCACUAUCAAAGCUGAAGCUAGCGAGGUCUGCUGUACUGCUUAUUGAAGUAUUGUGAUUCUUUUAGGCCUUGAUUCUUACAAAAUAUAUACUGUAACAGUAUACUUUGUACAGAUUUAAAUUUUAUUUGAAAAAAAUGAAAUAAAGUAGGCAAAAAAUAAAGAUGUUUAUUUUUCAUGUGACUACAUAAACAGA